GUACGUACUUCCUUGUUGACAAUUUGCUUCAGUAAAAGGCGGGUAAAUAGCUGGUAAAUGGUAGCUACAGCUUAACUACAGUAAAACGUUUGUUCCUCAACCACAGGACAGCGCUGGUAAACAGCCGGCAGUAAUGGCGUGUAAAAGAGGAGCGCUCAUUGUUCUGGAGGGAGUGGACAAAGCCGGGAAAACUACUCAGUGCAAGAAACUAGUUCAGGCGCUGCAACAGAGCGGUCGACCUGUAGAGAUGAUGAGAUUCCCUGACAGGACCACGACAAUUGGACAGCUGAUAAGCGCCUACCUUGAGAAGAAAAGUGAUUUGGAGGACCACACAGUGCACCUGCUGUUCUCUGCAAACCGCUGGGAACUGGUGCCUCUAAUAAAGAAGAAGCUGGAGCAAGGCACCACUCUGGUUGUAGAUAGGUACGCCUUCUCUGGAGUCGCUUUCACCAGUGCAAAGCCCGGUUUCUGUCUGGACUGGUGCAUGAAACCUGACGUGGGACUGCCAAAGCCGGACCUUGUUAUGUUUCUACAACUCAGCCCAGCUGAGGCUGCUCUCAGAGGUCAGUUUGGAGAAGAGAGAUAUGAGACCAGUGUUUUCCAAAAAGCGGUUCAACAGAAAUUUGAACACCUGAUGAAGGAUCCUUCAGUCAACUGGCAGGUUAUUGAUGCUUCCCAGAGUGUUGAGGAUGUGCACGAGAACAUCAGGACCCAGAGCCUCAACACUAUCAACACCGCUCAGAACCAGCAACUUGGAGAGCUGUGGAAGUGAAGCCGAACCAGUCUCGCCGAAACUGCUUGUUUGAGACCAAGACAGUCAGUUGGUUCACUAACUAAACGACUCUUCUACACGCUUUUUUCGUAAGCGAAUGAGAAAUGCCCUGGCUGCGAUUCAAAUAUAAUUUUAUACCAUCUUGAAAUUGAAGAGAAAUGUACCAUUGUCAAAUAUCAGAGUCUGACUUUAUUUGUUUUUUUAUCCUCAUACAUGUGUAUUGAUCUUUCACCUGUCUAUAUACCGUGUUGAUUAAAUAAAUACUCUUCAAAUUAAAAGUUGGCAAGGAUACUUUGCAUGAACAAUUAAUGCAACUUGUCAGCAGAUUUGACUUAAUUUGGUUUCAUUA